UUCAGUCCGUAACCGACCGCCGCGAGUGUUGCGUCGCGAACCUAUGGUCGAACUUCUACAUUAGCACGAGACUGCGAUACCGCGACUAGUCAGUCCGGGUGCCAAGUGCGCGUGAUACAACAACGUACGCGUGAUCCCUUAUCGCGAUCGUGUCCAAGACUUCUCGAUUCCGUCAUUUGAUACACUAAAUACGGACGAAAUAUCGGUGUCGCGUGUUGAAAACGGAGAAAGAGAGAAAGAGCGGGUCAGUGAACGACCGUGCGAAGGUACGAAGAGAGAAAUAAAGAGAAAAAUAAAAGAGGGCCGGAGAGGGAUUUUCGUCGCGACGUAUACAUACACGUGCGAAGAGAGAAGUGCAACGCGCGCGUGCGCAUACAUGCACAGAGACAGGAGGAGAGGCGAGAGAGAGAGAGAGAGAGAGAGAGAGAGAGAGAGAGAGAGAGAGACAACGACGACGACACGGCGCAGGAAGAGGCAAAAGGGAGUCAGUGACACCGGGAGGGUCGGGUGUUCCUCGUGCAAAACCGCCACCGGAAUAUAUGUCGUGAGUGCGCGGCCGAAGAUCCGCGGAUAGAGACCGGCGAUAGUGCGUGCGCGGGGCUCAGGCGAAGAGGGAAAAAAAAGCGAAGACUCCCGGUGAAAAGCAAUGCGGGUUCAUUGACUGCGUGCCGCGCAAUGGCCGCAUGUUCGUGGCCGAUGCACAGUGCAUGUGUGACAGGAGCUACGAGGAGGACGACGCCGAGGACGACUGGCCCGGAGAUACCGGCUACGAGGCUCGAGACCUACUGAAGCUUUUCUCUCUCUCCGGGUUCUCCGCGAUCGAGGACGCACACCCCGAUCGAGAGUCCUGAUAACGACGAGGAACAACCGGAAUCUUUCGUGCUUUUUACCUUUCAUCAGUGAUUCUACCAAAGAGGGAGAAGACGUGUCGCGCGUUAUUUCUAACAAAGUAGACCGUCACGUCGUCAUCUCGAUUGGUCCGUUUUAAACUUUACCCGGACUUAAUGCUUGCUCGCGGGUGCCUCGACGGUAAAUUGUCUCAGUGUCGCGGGUACAGCUGGCGAACAUGUUCGUUUGGUGACGGGCAAGCAAAUCGCGGAGGUGAAUCGUCGCCGUCGGUGAUCGAGUCGGACGUGUCGCGGUGGCGGGACUUGGGUGAGGAUAUUCCGUCGCGUUUGACGUCGUGGUGCGUUGUACAGCCCGUGGUUCGGCAGUGAGAUAAAGAUAAGACGGAGAGGCGGGCAGCUAUAACCGGCAACCACACGGUGGACAUGAUUAUUUCAAAGGAUCUGUUCCUCUUUGGCGACCAAGAUUACCUGCGCCUUCCCAGCAACGAGAAGCGCCAGCAACGGGCAAUGGGCCGACCGAUCAUCAAUGCUCCCAGAGUGGAUAGCUCCGCGUUGCAGUUGGUGUACCCGCUGGAUUCCCGCCCGGUGCAGCUGAUCUUCCGGGGGUUGCAGGUGGUCAAGGAAAAACGAGUCCUCCUCCGAGAUGUCUCGGGCGUUGUCAAACCCGGCGAGCUUCUGGCCGUCAUGGGCCCUUCAGGUUGCGGCAAAACUACGUUGUUGAACUGCCUGUCCGGUCGCGUCGGCUUGGACGGGGGUGAAAUCUGGUUGAACCGUGAAAGAUUGACAAAAAGAUGGCGCCGAAGAAUCUGCUACGUCCAGCAGCAGGACGUUUUCUUUCCCGAUCUCACGUUGAGGCAAACGUUGGAGUACCAGGCGAGGCUCAGGCUUCCGGACACGUUCUCGCACUCCCAGAAGAUGCAAUGCGUGGACCACAUCAUCGAGGUCCUCGACCUCGCCGCCUGCCAAGAUACCAUUAUCGGGGAUUACACGAAGAGAGGAUUGUCCGGUGGAGAGAAGAAGAGGACGAGUAUAGCUUGCGAGCUACUCACCAAUCCGUCGUUGAUGUUACUCGAUGAACCCACAAGCGGGCUGGACUCGCAUUCGGCACAGGCGUUGAUCUCGCGGUUGAAGAAGUACGCCGAACAGGAGGGCAAGAGUAUCGUGGUGACGGUGCACCAGCCCAGUUCCAGGAUGUUCCACAGUUUCAAUAAAAUCCUGCUGUUGAGCCGUGGCCAAGUAGCAUAUUUCGGGCCCACUGCGAACAUCGGCAGGUUUUUCUCCACGAUAGGACUCACGCUCCUGCCGCACUACAACCCCGCCGAUUUUAUACUGGAGCAAAUAAAGGGGCCAGAGGAGAUUCGGGAGCGCAUCAUGGCCGCAGCGAGGGCCGCGAGACAGGGACCUGACUGCCCGCCGGAACUUCGUCCGGAAUAUAAUCCCAGUCAGCAUCCGCUCUGCGACCAUCUGAUCCAUUAUCACGAGCACCACAUCAGCCACAACGUGAAGGAAGACGAAGGUCGCACGCUGUGGUUGGACACUCAAAGCCACGCCAGUAGUAGUGCCAGUUCCGCGGAUGACGACUUCGCCUGGCAGUGGCCCACUAGUUUUUGGUCGCAGUUCAAAGUAUUAUCGGAAAGAAAUUUUCAAGAGGCACGGCCACGGAUGUUGUCUCGUCUGAAUUGGCUGCAAACGAUAGCCCUCGGCUUGCUCGCAGGGCUAUUGUGGCUCAGGCUUCCUAGAACCGAGGCGGCGCUUCACGACAUCCAAGGCUGGAUGUUCUUCAGCACCACGUACUGGAUGCUGUUCGCCCAUUUCGGUGCACUCUCCAGUUUUCCUCCAGAACGCGAGGUGAUCAACAAGGAGCGGUUGUCAGGAUCGUAUCGGCUCUCGGCCUAUUACCUGGCGAAGAUGGUCGGCGAGCUGCCGCUUACGAUCACGCUGCCCGCGGUCUACCAUAUCAUUAGUUACCCGAUGUUGGGCUUCCACAGUCCAGCAGUUUUCGUUACUCUGCUGGCGUUCCUCUUACUCAACACCGUCGUCGCUCAGAGCGUGGGAUUCUUUGUUGGCGCAUGCUGCUUGGACCUGCAAGUCAGUAUAACAGCGUCCGCGCUUUAUACGUUGGCGACGCAACUGCUGGGCGGCUAUUUGGCGACGGCGGUCCCUCCCUGGCUGGCGUGGGCCAGAUACGCGAGCAUGGUGCACUACGCCUAUCAGAACAUGCAGAUUCUGGAAUUCGGCGUUGGCGAACCGAUCACAUGCUCGCAGCCAAGCAAGUUCGCGGAGUGUAGAAACUCGACGACGAUACCAGUGUCCGCGAUCCUGGAAGUUCAAGGCGGCAGGGGUUCCGGUCUUCCACUGUGGGCGAACACGGCGGUGCUGCUCGCGUUUCUAGUCGUGUUCCGCACCCUGGGCUAUCUGGUGUUACGUUACUACCGCGUGCCCAAGUGAGCCCGGCGAGAUAGCGGAGGGAGCCGUCUUUCUACUGCCGCCUGAAACACCACGACUGGACGUCGAAACACGGGAAAACAACGACGACGGCGAGAGUAUCGUCGUCGUCCAUCGAGCCUUUGACCCUUCGUUUCGCCCGGGGCGACGCGACAGAAGUAGAAGCACAGAACGAGAAAAGAUUGUACCAUGCGCGAAAGUUUAUUUUUACAGGAUUGUCCUCGGUCGUUCCACUAGAAACGGUGGUGAGAUCGUCCACGUGGAAACAUUUCACGUCGGGCCUCUCCAAUUUCCCUCGCCCAUUUUUUACUGGAUCGAUAUCGCGGUCACACGAAAAUUGAAUCUCACGAAACGAAAUAGCUCAGGAGGACAGUUUCCAAUACACGGAUCACGCGAAGACUGAAACUUCCACGGGUCGAAGAUGAGUUCGAUCGUUCGUGGACAUUCUCAGCACCGUUUUCAUAACCGACGCCGCUAUUUUUAAUUACCGAUUGCGAAUUAGCGAAUAUUUUUAUUAAUCACGCAUCUCGCAGAAAUAGAAUACCUCAGACAGACAGACAGGGAAAACUAGCAGCGACCUAAGCGAAGCGAGGGGUUAAAGGGAGAAGUGCGCGGAGAGCACGGGAGAAGAGGGGUGCCACGUCCACCCGUUUCCGCCUAGUGGAUCUGCGACGAGAAACGCAUGAACGCCUCACCAAGAGACUUUGUUCGAAGACUAUACAUAAGAUUGUACACGUAGAGACUUUAUAUAUACAUAUAUAUACAUAUAUAUACAUAAAAUAUCAUGCUAUCGCGUGGAGAUGAGCACGGAAGGGAGCAUGAACGAAGGAAGAAUGGGGAGGAGCGCGAACUCUUUUGUUUUAAUUUCUUGCGGCAACAAGGGUAUGUAUAACUGUGCAGUUGUGCGUGCGUGCGUGCGUGCGUGCGUGCGUGAGUGAAAGGAGAACGAACGAAAGGGUGAGAGAAGAGCCAUUUCUUUCUCUUUUUUUGGAAGAAUCGAUGCGGCGCGUCGAGUCGCCACGCAAACCGACUGAAAAAAAAAUCACAGACGUUAAUUCCGACGAACCAUUUCUCCGCGCGUGGGAACGGAGAAAAGGAAAAAUAAACACCAUUUCGAAUCAUCCACAGAAACAUUUAGGUUUAGGAAACACGAGACGGAAAAAUAAUUAGCGAAAUAUCUAUAAGGAGAGGAAACGUUUUUUAAUCGUUCUUAGGCGAGACUACCCGCGUUUUACUUUCUACAAUUUUUAUUACCACUGACAAACGAUCUACAGUUGAUAUUCGAGCCCCAAGACCAAACCCCCCGACCCCUAGGUGAUAAGGUGGACAAAACUGCUGCUAAUUCUAUCAUUCGGUUAAUCACUACAUCUACCAGUUAGUAACUUUUAUUAAUCGGAUGCUGUACCGCGCGAAAGGGAUAUUCAGCGAGAAACAAGUGGAUCGUUCAUAUACAUAUAUACAUCUAUACAUAUAUACAUAUACAUAUAAUAGGCUGCGAAUUUCGAUCGACGGGAAGAUGAAGGAAUAGUGAUAAAACGGUGUGCACGCGUGUGCCGAGUGAGAAUGAAAGGGCGAGCAUAGAACGAGUAUAUAUAAAAUGAUUGAAAGGAAAAUGUGCUCGUAACGGAGGAACAAGGUUCAUGAAAUGAUUAGGCUGGCUAUGGGAGAUCCGGGACUCUGAGUCGAUCUUAGAACGUUGUUGGUCUCUAAUGUAAUUUAUGUGAUGUUUUUUCUAAAAAGCUCGACACGGGGAUCCAAACGAAACAUUUAACGAGCGACGUAGUAAUUAAUUGGCUACCUUCUGUAUAUAGAAACGAAAAUUAUAUAUAUAUACAUACAGAAAUAUUAUAUAUAUAUA